GUGCUCGGCGAACUAACUGCUAUCAGUUUAUGAGCACAGUCCUGAGCAUUACUUCUGUGCGAGUAAAUGUUAAUGCUGGGUAUUCCUGGCCACAAUCUAAGCAUCUUCUUGCUGCUUUAAGGAGCUCUAACUGAUAACUGUUGCAGAUUUGCUGUUGUCUAAAUUUGCCUACACUCUGCAGAGUACAGAUAGUUCAAUUGCGUUUUCUCCAUUGACGAAAAAAUGGACGGCAAGGGAGUGCAGAAGCAAACUAGUGCUGUGGGAAGCUCAACUCGAAACGUCCUGGCUCAGCACGGCAGUACUCCGACUCAAUUGGCUCCUGUAUCCGGCAGCGUACCCUCACAGCCACGGGAGCGUCUGGAUGAACAGCGCCAGAUGGAAACGGGAAUUUUGGACUUCCUGACUCACCAUCAACUGGCCAGCACCAACGGGACGGACGACGAUGUCAUCGUGUGCUGCGUGAAGUACACCUUUCGGAAGGAACUGCAGGACUUGAGAUCGCGGGCUUUCAAUGACUAUGGGCCAGGGAAACUGGAAGGCGUUCGUGUGGCUGAGACUGGCGGCAGUGUUGUCCCUUUGCCAUUGUGGCUGGAAAACGGCGUCAGACUGCAAGUUUUCUUUGAGGAUAAGGUGGCGACCAAACAACUGCACUCCUCCGGCGACAAGUCGAAACGUGGUUUCGAGGUUCCGUGGCGUGCCACGGUCCAACUGCAGCACAUUCCGGACGGCUGCAUCCUGACGGAGGUGCAGCUGGCUUUCAUUAAUCCGGACAAUUGCGGAAGUCCCUCCGUUCAGGUUAAAAUGCCGGCGACCCACACCACCAACAUCAAUUGCAUAAACAGGAACCUUCGGGACAUCCAGGGUCAGACGUACUCGGAAUGCUGCCAGGAGCUGGGUAUCUUUCGUGAAGCCUACUGUUACGUCACCAUGCGGGUGCCGCUGGAGCGCUUGCUGGGAGAAAUGCUCACCGCCUUCCGAAAGACCAUUCCGCAGUGUCCGGCAAUCCAGGAUGGGGAUGGAUGGAACGGAACGGAUAAGGUGCUGCUGAAGAUGCGAGACGGCCAGAUAGAGACCGAUCGGCAGAUUCUGGUUAGCGUAUCCCCAAAAGCGCGUGGUAUCUUCGCUGCAAGAAAGCAAGGAAAAAUCACUUACUACGAAUUGGAUUACAGUCUGGAAGCCGUUCAGACAAUUUUAGACGUGGCCGGAACGAAUCACGAAUCCCUGCCUAUCGACGCACACCGAACCAAUCCGUUUGUCCUGUACGAGCUGAUGAAGUUGGCGUUGAACUGGGAAAUUGGACGAGUUAUAUUGUGGACGCAGGUGGCGUUUGUGGAGCGCUUGUGCCAGCCGGAUGGCGUCAAUCUGGAGCAGAUCCCCGUCCUGGAAGCUGUCCGUCUUAUCCGCGACCACGCCGAUCCUAAGGAGUUGGGCGGGCGAAUGAUCCUUUGCUGUCUGGUGAUUGUGCUGCGCAUCCUGCAUUCACCGGCCGCGCGCUGGACGCUGGACGAGGUGAAGAAUCUGAUUGCCAGCAAGCCGGCGUUGUGGAAGAACGUCAUCUAUCCGACGCGUUUAGUGCCCGAUACCACUGUCUUCGUUAUGACCUUGACGGGGAAGACACUCACCGUGGCGGUGAAUUUGGGCUAUUGGGUGUGCCAGUUGAAAUGCCGGAUUCAUGACAUGGAAGGCAUUCCUCCGGAUCAGCAGCGACUGAUUUUUGCCGGUCAACAGAUGGAGGAUGGACAGACUUUAGCCGACAACGGUAUUACCGCUCAUUCUACCGUUCAUCUUGUUCUGCGACAGAGGGGAUGCUGAAGAUACAGAAUGCAGGACAGCCUUGGGAAUAAUAGUAAAUAACGUUUCUUAAUUUCUUAUUGCCUUGAUUAUUAAUGAUUUUUAGUAUGUUCCUUGCUUUUUCUGCGCAAGAUUGCAUCAACUUUUCUUUUGCUAAACUUGGUGGUGGUGUGGCUUUCGUUUUUGGAAUUGACUUUUGAUGGUAUAAUACUUGAUGC